UGGGCGGAGACCAGGGGUGUCCGCGUCGCCGGGAGUCUGUGAGGAAUGCGGGGUGACAAGCCCGGGGAGUUAGCCUGUGCGCGCCCCGCUGCCGCCGCCUGAGUGCGCCCCGCACCGGGCUCCGUCGUCCGCCUGCGUCCCCGCCGGCAAGGACUGUUGGGAAGCUCUUGGGGGUUCUCAAGGAAGUGGGGUUGUGGGGAGGCGUCUCCCCCUCCCCUGGUUUGUUAACGGGCUUUGGUGGCGCAGCAGCUAAGCGCUCGGCUGCUAAGUAAAAGGUUAGCGGUUCAACCCGCCAUCCUCUGAGCGGGAGAAGGUUGUGGCAGUCUGCCUCUGUCAAGAUUAUAGCCGUGGAAAUCGUGUGGGGCAGUUCUACCAUAUGCUGUAGGGCUCUAUAGUCGGAAUUGACCCAGUAGCAGCGGGUUUGGUUUUUAGAUUAAUUUUGUAGGCCUAUGAACAUGGAUUGGAACUAGUACGUUCAUUUAGGAGCAUAGGUAUCCCCACUCGAGGAGGAGAAUAUUAAGAGACGCAUUUCCAGGAAUUUAUUUUUCACUAAGCCAGAAAUUGCCUUCACAGUUGUGUCAGAGACAGUAUGGCCAGCCUGAUACGGCUGAACGGUGCUGACAUAGGAGACAAGCAGUUUACAGAGUUCACACACCCAGUGAUCACCCAUAACCCUAAGCACGGAUAGACAGGAUCUGUGCCGGAUUCAGUGCCAGUGAGGCAGCUGGAAUGUCUGCCACCAAAUAGCCGCACUUAAUAGGUUGGAGGCUCCUUGCAGUAAAAACGCGGCACAUUUCCAUUGUAAGAGCAGCAGAUACUGGAAUCGAGGACAGUCGGGGGGGUGUGCGUUAUAGAAGUGUUCCAAAUGUGUCAGCACGUCCUGGUCAGCCACGCUUCAAUGUUGCUGAGUGCGCCUCAUUUUUAGAUUAUUUUAGAAAAUGCCCUCAUUUGGAUAAAUAUGAAAUGUUCGGCUACUGGAAAGUGUUGAUUUAUGGGACAUAACUUUGAACGUGUAGAAGUGAAACAAAUUGGUCCCAGGUGUGAUCAGGAAGAAGUGGUCCAGUCUAGGCGUCUGGGGACUUAGGACGACCACUUAACACAUCUGUAAAUCACGAGUGAGGAUUUUAACUGCUGGCUAGCUCUGUAGACCAAACAUUAUUCAUCUGCCUCCAGACUUCCUAGCGGCCUUGUUUCCUUCCCAUUCCUCUUGCCUUCACUGGCUUCUUGGGCUGUAGAAAGGACAUUCACUUAAACUUUGAGAGGCUGGAGGCAGGAAAUGGACUCUCUGGUGUUUGAAGAUGUGGCUGUGGACUUUACCCAAGAGGAGUGGGCCUUGUUGGAUUUUGCUCAGAGGAAACUCCACAGAGAUGUGAUGAUGGAAACCUUCAGGAACCUGGCCUCAGUUGUUUCUCAACAGGUUAAUAAAGGACAAAAAGGGUCCAGUGAACAUUUAAUAAUGCGAUUCAUGAAAAAUAACUCCUGGUACACCAUGUUAGGAGAAAUCUGUGACAACCGUGGUAUCGAAGAGCAGCAUAACAAUCAGGGGAGGUAUAUGAGAACGUAUACAGAUGAAAGCACCCAAGAAGGGAAAGAAGAGGAAAGGAAGGAAGGUAAUCAGUGUGGAAAACCUUUCAACAUGAUUCCGUAUCUUACCAGCCUCAAAAGAACUCCUGCUAGAGAAAAUCCUUCUGAAUGCCUUGAGUGGGGAAAAGCUUUCUUGAGUCAUUCUUCAUUUAAGCAUCACUUCAGAUCUCACACUGGUUGCAGUACCUGUGAGUGUAAGGAGUGUGGAGUAGCCUGCAGUUGUUCAUCUUACCUAAGCACUUACCUAAGCACUCAUGUGAAGACUCUUAUUGAACAGAAAAUUCAUAAAUGUAAGGAAUGUGGCAUCACCUGUAGUUGUUCCUCAUCCCUCAUUACACAUAUACGAAGUCAUGGUAGAAAGAGGCCUUAUGAAUGUAAGGAAUUUGGGAAUGCCUUUGGUCAUUUCUCAGCCUUCAUUGAAUACAAACAAAUUAAAUGUGGAACGCAACCUUAUUAUGGUAAGGAAUAUGGGAAUACCUUUAGUUUUCCCUCUUCCCUCAGUAAACACAUAGGUAUUCACAGUGGAAUGAGGUGUUAUGAAUGUAAGGAAUGUGGAAAAAGAUGUAGUACAUCCUCAAAGCUGAGUAGCCAUAUAAGAACUCACAGUGGAGAGAGCCCUUAUAAAUGUAAGGAAUGUGGAAAAGCAUUUAGGUGGUCUUCACACCUUACUAUUCAUAGAAAAACUCACAGUGGAGAGAGGCCAUAUAAAUGUAAGGAAUGUGGGAAAGAAUUUAGGUGGUUCUCACACCUUACUACACAUGUAAGAAUUCACACCGGAGAGAGGCCUUAUGAAUGUAAGGAAUGUGGGAAAGCCUUUAGGCAAGCCUCGACCCUCAUCAACCAUACGAGAACUCACACUGGAGAGAGGCCUUACGAAUGUAAGGAAUGUGGGAAAGCCUUUAGACAAGCCUCAAACCUGAUCAGCCAUGUAAGAACUCACACUGGAGAGAGGCCUUAUGAAUGUAAUGAAUGUGGGAAAUCAUUUCGAUCGUCCUCACAGCUCACUACGCAUGUAAGAACUCACAGUGGAGAGAGGCCUUAUGAAUGUAAGGAAUGUGGGAAAGCCUUUAUUGGUGCCUCACAGCUCACUACUCAUUUAAGCACUCACAGUGGAGAGGGGCCUUAUAAAUGCAAGGAAUGUGGGAAAGCAUUUAGGUGGUUUUCACACCUAACUACACACAUUAGAACUCACACUAGAGAGCGACCUUACAAAUGUAAGGAAUGUGGAAAAGCUUUUAGGCGAGCUUCUAACCUGAUCAACCAUGUAAGAACUCACAAUGUUGAGAGGCCUUAUGAAUGUAAGGAAUGUGGGAAAGCUUUUAUGCGUUCUUCACACCUCACUAUUCAUAGAAGAACUCACAGUGAAGAGAGGCCUUAUAAAUGUACAGAAUGUGGGAAAGAAUUCAGGUGGUCUUCACACUUCACUACACAUUUAAGAAUUCACACUGGAGAGAGGCCUUACAAAUGUAAGGAAUGUGGGAAAGCUUUUAGGCAAGCCUCAACCAUGACUAACCAUAUGAGAACUCACACUGGAGAGAGGCCUUACGAAUGUAAGGAAUGUGGGAAAGCCUUUAGGCAAACCUCAAACCUGAUCAACCAUAUGAGAACUCACAGUGGUGAGAGGCCUUUUGAAUGUAAUCAGUGUGGGAAAUCAUUUAGGUUGUCCUCACACCUCACUAUUCAUACAAGAAUACACAGUGGAGAGCGGCCUUAUGAAUGUAAGGAAUGUGGGAAAGCCUUUAUUGGUGCCUCACAGCUCACUACUCAUAUAAGCACUCAUAGUAGAGAGGGUUCGUAUAAAUGUAAGGAAUGUGGGAAAGCAUUUAGGUGGUCCUCACAUCUAACUACACAUAUAAGAACUCAUACCAGAGAGAGGCCUUACAAAUGUAAGGAAUGUGGGAAAGCCUUUAGGCGAGCCUCAAACCUGAUCAACCAUGUAAGAACUCAUACUGUAGAGAGGCCUUACGAAUGUAAGAAAUGUGGGAAAGCCUUUAUUCGUGCCUCACGCCUCACUACUCACAUAAGCACGCAUAGUGGAGAGGGGCCUUAUAAAUGUAAGGAAUGUGGGAAAGCAUUUAGGUGGUCUUCACACUUCACUACACAUGUAAGAAUUCACACUGGAGAGAAACCUUACAAAUGCAAGGAAUGUGGGAAAGCCUUUACACAAUCUGCACACCUGGUCAGGCAUACAAGAACUCACAAAGGUGAGUGGCCUUAUGAAUGUAAGGAAUGUGGGAGAUCAUUUAGUCGGUACUCAAACCUGAUCAGACACAUAAGAGCUCACAGUGCAGGGAGGCCUCAUAAUGGUAAGUGAUGUGGGAAUUCUUUGUGAUUCCCCAAGCCUCUUUAAACAUAAGACCUCACAGUGGAAAGAUUUUUAGUAUUCGCAAGGAAUGUGGGAAAGCUUUUUAUUAGUUCACAUACGUGAUCAACCAUCUAAGAACUCAUAAAAGGCUUAAUAUAUAUGAAGAAUGAGGGAACAUCUUAAGUUUUCUCUUUGCUAUUUGAAAACAUUUGAGUAGGUACACGGAAGGGGAAUAAUAUCUUUGUUACAUGUAUGAGAGAUCCUGUGAAAAAGAAAAGGGAAGUCGUCCAUGUCUGUCAUUCCCCCAUACAUUUCUGAUACCACACACACUGGAGAGACUGCAAAUAUAAGCGAGUUACUUGUUCAGUUGUAGCACAUGACUUUGGAUAAGUAUCAAAAUGUUAUUUUGGUUCUGUCACAUAAAAGUUGAUAUCAAGUCUCAACUACAAACGGUGUUUUAAACUUUGUGCUUUUUUUCAAACUGUUUUUAAGGUUUUUACUAAUUUUCUGUCACGUUAUAAAGCAGCCUAUUCUCAUUGUAGAAAAUUUAAUUUUAACAGAUAAUUAUAUGAAAGCAAAAAUCAGAAUUCCACCACCCUUGUUAUUUUGGAUAUUUUCCUUUUAGCCUUCUUUGUAUGCAUCCAGUGUUUUCUGAAAGAAUCUGUAUUUCUCAGUGUCUGUAGUGUUUUACCGAAAAUUUUUUCUUGGUUUUCUUAUCCUGCAUAACUAUAAUGUUUCACAGCAUAGUAAUGAGAAAAUUGCACAGAAAAUUUUAACUUACAUUCCACCAUUAAACAAAAAUGUCCUUCUCAAAUGGCAUUGUGAGAACUUGGAUUUAUGUCGAGGGAAGUCUCACUCUGGGGGUACAUAGGAGAUGGUGAGUGCACACAGACCUACAACCUGAUCUAGACACAGUGGAGCUCCUGUCGAGCACAGGCACAGAACCUGUAUUUUGAAACAGUCCUACUUUUGGUACAUUUGUGGUUCAAAAAGAACGCACUAGGUCUCAGUUGAGGCUGCAGUUGUUGGACUGGGCUGUAAUGGUAAGUCUUACAACACGUAUGGUGCACAUCUUCUACAGGGCCUAGAGGUUUAUACAAAGUUCCUUGGCCCCACGGUGAACUGGUAUCUUUCAUGACUUCUUAUGUAAGGGGCUUGGGAAAUGGUGGCUCUGGGUACCAAAACCUUCCAAAUUAGGUACCCCAUUGACCCAGCAACUCCCAUGUCAAAAUCAUCCUAUGCAAACCUUUGGGCACCAUAGUGGUAUACCUUGAUAAUUGUGCUGGAUUGUGGAAAUAGUUACUAGGAAAUGGUGUUAGUAUCUAGCUGAAAGGGAGUUUUUAUAUAAAUGCCUGGCUACAUGUCACCAUAUUGUACUGCCAAUGAAUGAGUUUCUUAGAAAAAUUUUGUUGAUAGGAGGAGAAGCAGUCAUAGCUUACUCUCAAGGAUAAAAUAAAAACAAACUAAACCCAGUGCUAUUGGAUAGGCAGGGUAUAAAGUAGUGUGUACAUAAUGGUGGAAGUUUUAUUAGAAGAAUGUAUAUAUACAAAUUAUCCUGUGAAGACCUGUACCAAAGGCGAGACUCAGUGAUUACAGUUUGCUUUUUCCUAGCUUUAAACUUUUUCUGUAGUCAUUUUUUAUUACAUUUACAAUUUUUUAAGGAUAUGAAUUUGCAUAUGGAAUGUAUGGUAGUAUAAAUUUUGACAAGUCCUAUAACCAGUACCACAAUGAAAAUACACAACUUUCAUAUUCCUCCAAGAAAUUCCCUAGUGCAGCCACUUUAGUCAUGAAUCCCUGACAACCUGUCCAUACACGUCAUGCUGUCUGUAGUUUUUAAAUUUUGGCUUUUGUCAUUUGCUGUAAAGAACUUGAGUUUCAUCAGGUGAUUGUACUGUUAGUUCUUUUUAUUGCUGUGUAGUAUGUCAUAUAGACACACCACAGUUUGUGUAUUCGUCAGGUUAAGAAUAUUUGAGUUUUUUGUCUUUAAAUAAAACUGCUAGAAACAUUUAUGCACAGGGUUUUAAAGGAACAAAAUGUUUCAUUUUUCUCAUCUAUAUCCCCAUGAGUGUGGUUGCUGUGACUUGGUAGGUGCAUAACUAUAUAAAAGCUUCCAGCCUGUUUCUCAAAGGAGGUGUACCAUUUAUGUUGCACCAACAGUGUAUAAUUCUAGUUGUUGCUCGCGUUUGGAUAUGCUGUUUUCUAGAAAAAUAUACCACACACCUUUUUCCCUCUGGCGUCACUGGAGGGAUACGGGUUGGCAACUCACAGGCAUCUCCACAUUUGUGAGUACGGUGUGUGGGAUGUAGCGCCUGGAUCAGUCCUCAGGCCCAAGUGUAUGGAGCUCAGACUUUGCCACUACUACCCAAAUUGAAAGCUAGAGGAACUUUGCACUGUCAGAAUGCUGUGGCUGCAAAAUCCUCUGCUUGACUCCUGACACAAAACAUGUUUUUAGGUGCAGCGAAGUUGGUUCUGGUUUAUCAUGACCCCGUGUACAACAGAAUGAAACAUUGCCCGGUCCUGUUUUUAUACAUCCAAGCUUCUGACCAAUAUAAUUUUCCUUAUCUAUGAAGAGCUCCCUUUAAUAUUUCUGGCAAGACAUGUUAGGUGCUCUUCAGUCAGUUCCAACUCACAGUGACCUGAUGUACAACAGAACGACAAACUGGUACUGUGCUACCCUCAUGGUGGUUAUAUGCUUCAGCCUAUUGCCGGAGCCAUUCUGUUGUUGAGUCUUCUAAUCCUAAUGCCCCUCUCUACUUCGUAUAGCCCAACUUGUUGGGUCUUCAGUCAUUAGUGUUCAGCGCAUCAAAUCUGUUCUUGAGAUUGUCUCUAGUUUCGGGUGGCGUAUACUCAAAGAUGUACCUUGGCUCUCCUGGAUUUGGUCUUAUUUUCUUCAGCUUCAACUUGUACUUGCACAUGAGCAGUUCAUACUCUGUUCUGUUUGUCCCUGGUCUUGUUCUGAUUGUUAAUAUCGAGCUUCUCCAUCAUCUUUUUCCACAGAUGUAGUCAAUUCGAUUCCUGUGUUUUCUCUUCAGUCCACAUGUAUAGUUGCUGUUUGUUUUUGGAAAAAAAUAAUAAUGAAUACAUUUUGAUUGCAUGUUUGGUCAAUGUCAGUCUGCAAUUUGGUAAAAAUCUUCAAUUUCCUCAUCUUUGUCUUUAGUGUUUGUUAUGUAGAUUUGAAUCAUAGUCGUGUUAUCUGGUCUUCCUUACAGGUGUAUGGAUAUUAUCCUGUAACUGACAGUAUUGUAUUUCAGGAUAGACCAUACGAUUGUCUGAUUCAAAAUGGCCAAUACCAGUCCAUUUCAGCUAACUAAUGCCUAGAAUAUCAAUAUUUAAGUGGUCCAUUUGGUUUUUUACAGCUUCCAAUUUUCCUACUUCAUACUUCUUCAGUUCCCUCAUCUUUGGCCUUAGUGAUUGGUGUGUAAGUUUGAGUAAUAGUUGCGUUAAUUGGCCUUCCUUGUAGGUGUAUGCAUAUUAUCCUAUCACUGACAGUGUUGUACUUCAGGAUCUUGAAAUGUUUUUUUUGACAAUGAAUGUGGUGCCAUUCCUCUUCAGGUUGUCAUUCCCAGCAUAGUAGAUCAUAUGAGUGUCUGAUUCAAAAUGGCCAGUACUAGUCCAUUUCAGCUCUAGAGUGCGUAGGAUAUCAGUGUUUAUGCAACCUAUUUCAUUUUUCAAGACUUCCAUUUUUUGUAAAUUCACACUUGAUAAAUUCAAAGUUCUAAUUAUUAACAGAUGUUU